UGUCCAUUUGAUCGAUGCCUUCUUCCCUUUAGCCAGGUGAAAUGGGGCUAUUCUGGGCUCUCUUCCUUGGCCUAGUAGGCGUUCUAGCAACUACUUUUGCCUUGCUGUUCUCCUGGGGAGUUUAUUAUGAUUUCUCCAGGACCCGCAUUCCCCGUGGACUUGCCCAUUCAUGGAAGAUUCGGUUGAUUCACAUGGGCGCCGUUAUGCUAUUCACUGCGGCGAAGACCUGUGAACUUGUGGGUCUCUGCCGGCAGGUUGCUUUCAUCCGCUUUAUUACAGAACUCAGGAAGACAAGGUUGGAUCCCAGCCUCUUCUCGAAGGAUCUGCAUUUCGAUGGGGUGCCUGUUCGGGUUUACUACCCUAAAGCGCCAUCUGCUGGUCUCAGGAGAGGAUUUAUCUACUGCCAUGGAGGAGCCGGCAUGAUUGGAAGCAUUGAUGCCUAUCAAAACGUUUGCAAUGGAAUUGCAAAGGGCAGUGAUUCAGUGCUGGUGUCUGUUGGCUAUCGCCUGGCUCCCGAGCAUCCGUACCCGACUCAGUACCAAGACUGCCUCACUGCCACGUUGCACUUCCUGCAAAACGCGAAUGCCUAUGGGGUGGAUCCUUCCCAGAUCGUCAUAGGCGGGGACAGCGCUGGAGGCAACUUUGCUUCUGUGGUCGCCCAGAAGCUAGUGGGGAGAACAGACGUCCCCAAGCUACGUGCUCAAGUGCUGAUCUAUUCUGGCUUGCAGGCCAUGGACUUCAACUUGCCUUCCUAUCAGCAGAGCUCUGGUAUUCCAAUAUUGUUCCGAGACAGCGUCACAUAUUACGGAUUGAAGUAUUUUGGGAAGAGCACUUCUCUGUGUGACGACAUCCUGAAAGGCUCCCAUGUGCCCGAUGAGAUGAGGCUGAAUUAUGGGAAGUGGGUCAGUGCGGACAAUAUUCCAGAAAGGUUUAAGCGUCGAGGCUACCAACAAGUACCCCUCGCCCCUUAUAAGCCUGAAGUGUACCUGCAGUUUCCAGAGUUAUUGGAAGUCACGUUUUCCUCUCUUUUCGCUGAAGACUCUGUGAUCCGGCAGCUGCCGGAGACGUUAAUUGUGAGCUGCGAAUAUGAUGUCUUGCGGGACGAUUCCCUCCUCUACAAGAAACGGCUGGAGGACAGUGGUGUGCGAGUCCGUUGGUUCCAUGUCGAAAAUGGUGUUCACGGAGUGCUGAACACCUGCAAUGCUGGCUUUCUUACCCUCCCCACUGCAUUAGAAAUCGUGGACAACGUUGUAGACUUCGUCAAUAGUUUAUGAAAUGUAAAACAAUGUGGCUACCUCUUCUGAAAGUAGUCUAUGGGUCAGGGGUCUAACAAUAAUGCUAGCUGGCCCACAGGGAAAGAUUGAAAACCACAUGAGCACUUUUUUUUUAGGGGAGUGAAGAAAGACACUUUUUUGGGGGGGGGAUAUUCUGGAGGAGCAGAAAAGCAUGUUUUGAAAUUGGUGGAGAGAGAAAUGUUGUUUCACAGCUGAGGGAAAGAGGAACUACUAUUAUGAAUAUUCACAUAACAAUUUUCGGCAAUAGGCAGAGAACGGAAACACUUUUGGGGAGUUGAAAAGGUAACAUAUUGGGGAGGAUUCAGCAAAAUGUAUUUAUUUAUUUAGUGCACGUUUACACCGCCCCAUAUACAAAUCUCUGGGUGGUUUACAAAAAUUUGCAAAUUGUGAAAUUAACCGUUACAAUGACGGGCGGGGGCAGGUGGAACUCCUCGAAUAGUAUUUUUGAAUAA